CCCUGAGACGGGGAUCAGAUGUGUGUGAGAGAGGCAGAGUGUCAGAGCGGCGCUGUCUCUCGGCCAUGGCCUGUCUGAUGGCCGCCUGGUCCGUCCACAACCCCUCCGUCACCAACUCCAUCAUCAUGAACACUAACGGGCCCCCGGACCUGAUGUUGGACCCCCGGACGGUGUGCGUUUGUAUGGACGAGGUGGUCAACAAGCGGCCUGCGGGCAGCCGGCAGACCCCGCUGCUGCAGGGACACCUGAAAAAGGUGGACAACCACCUGACGGAGGCCCAGAGGUUCUCCUCCUUGCCACGGAGGCCGGCGGUCAACAUCGAGUUUAAAGAUGUCUCCUACUCCAUCAGAGAGGGACCCUGGUGGAGGAAGAAAGGUUACAAAACUCUGCUCAAAGGGAUCUCUGGGAAAUUCACCAGCGGGGACCUGGUGGCUAUCAUGGGGCCCUCAGGAGCCGGAAAGUCCACCCUCAUGAAUAUCCUGGCCGGGUACAGGGAGACGGGGAUGAAGGGGGAGAUCCUGAUCAACGGUCAGCCCAGAGACCUGCGCUCCUUCAGGAAGGUUUCCUGUUACAUCAUGCAGGACGACAUGCUGCUGCCUCACCUCACCGUGCAGGAGGCCAUGAUGGUAUCAGCCAACCUGAAGCUGCAGGAGAAGGUGGAGGCUCGCAGAGAGAUGGUCCGCGAGAUCCUGAUGGCCCUGGGUUUACUGGACUGUGCUAAAACCAGGACGUGUCACCUGUCGGGGGGCCAGAGGAAGAGACUGGCCAUCGCUCUGGAGCUCGUCAAUAAUCCACCGGUCAUGUUCUUCGACGAGCCCACCAGUGGGUUGGACAGCUCGUCCUGUUUCCAGGUGGUGUCUCUGUUGAAAGCUCUGGCUCAGGGAGGACGAACCGUCAUCUGCACCAUCCACCAACCCAGCGCCAAACUGUUCGAACUCUUCGACAAGCUCUAUGUUCUGAGUCAGGGCCAGUGUAUCUACAGGGGGAAGGUCUCCAGUCUGGUUCCCUACCUGAGAGACCUCGGACUCAACUGUCCCACCUACCACAACCCCGCUGACUUCGUGAUGGAGGUGGCGUCUGGAGAGUACGGGGAUCAGACCGUCGGACUGGUGAAGGCUGUUCAGGACAGGAAGUGUGAGAAGGACUACCAGACUGAGCUGAACGGAGACACGAACCACCACCCGUUCCUGUGGCAGCGCACAGAGGAGGAGUGUUCGUCGUCUGAAGGUUGUCACAGUUUCUCAGCCAGUUGCAUGACCCAGUUCUCCAUCCUGUUCAGGAGGACGUUCCUCAGCAUCCUCCGAGACUCGGUGCUGACUCACCUGAGGAUCUCGUCUCACAUCGGGAUCGGCGUUCUGAUUGGUCUGCUGUACCUGGGAAUCGGGAACGAGGCCAAGAAGGUUCUGAGUAACUCGGGGUUCCUGUUCUUCUCCAUGUUGUUCCUGAUGUUCGCUGCGCUGAUGCCCACAGUGCUCACAUUUCCUCUGGAGAUGGGAGUUUUUCUGAGGGAACACCUGAACUACUGGUACAGUCUGAAGGCUUACUACCUGGCCAAAACCAUGGCCGACGUCCCCUUUCAGGUGGUAUUCCCGGCGGUGUACUGCAGUAUUGUGUACUGGAUGACGGCUCAGCCUCCGGACGCCGGCCGGUUCUUCCUAUUCCUGUCUCUGGGGGUCCUGACCUCUCUGGUCGCUCAGAGCCUGGGUCUGCUGAUCGGAGCCGCCUCUACCUCCCUGCAGGUGGCGACGUUCGUCGGUCCGGUCACAGCGAUCCCGGUUCUGCUGUUCUCCGGGUUCUUCGUCAGUUUCGACACCAUCCCCUGGUACCUGCAGUGGAUGUCCUACAUCUCCUACGUCAGAUACGGUUUUGAGGGCGUCAUCUUGUCCAUCUACGGCCUGGAUCGAGAGGAUCUUCACUGUGACGAGGACGACACCUGUCACUUCCAGAAGUCUGAGGCCAUCCUGAAGGAGCUGGACAUGCUGGACGCCAAACUCUACCUGGACUUCAUCGUGCUCGCCGUCUUUUUCUUUUCGCUGAGGCUCAUCGCUUACUUUGUCAUGCGGUACAAGAUCAGCGCUGAGAGGUAGACCGGGACCAGGACUAGCAGGAGGACAGUGAUGGAGAGUCACAGAGCGUCCCGCGUUUAGGCCAAAAGCCUUUAGGCCAAUGUUAGCGUGUAGUCGUGGAGUUGUCUACAUGUGAACACUGAAUCUGAUUUGGCUCGCUGUUUAAAAAAGGACACGAAGAAGAGACGAUGUGAGCAGACACGAUGGAGCAGCAGAGUCCAGUUCAGUCUUGAGGGGGGUGUCAGAGGUCUGCAGAUGUAGAUUUGAUUCGGUUGAAGGCGUCAGUCAUGAGAGGACGAGCUGAGGACAUUCAUGUCCUGCAGGAAUAGGAGCUGGCCUCCUGACUCCUGAAGCUUUCACUGUGCCACAACCUGAAGGACCACAACAAACCGUCUGACAGGACUGGAGAAGACCUGAUGUUUGUGUCCAGCUAUCAGAAUAAAACCUGCUCCAGUGGACAGACUCCGUUUGUUAAAAUCUGGCUCUGGACGCUCAUGAUCAGUAUGUUUUUAAAGAUUCUGAGUCUCAGACAGAGACGACAUUUAUGUUACUUUAGUUCAUUGUUGUGGUCGGGGUCAAAGGCGAAAGCAGGACGAGGACAGACCCAGACUGACUCUGUAUCUAACACCGGUUAUGAAUAAA